AUGGACAGUAAAACUAAUGCCUUACAAACUGAGUCUAUUGAAAAAUUUAAAGAAAGUGAGAGUGAGUUUGAUGCAGAUACUGAGGAACAGUCUAUGGAUAUAGAACCCAUUGCUCCAUCAUGCUUAAAUGAUUCAACCUCAUAUUCUAAUAAUGUGCAAGUAAAGGAAGAAGGAAAUUCAAGUAAUGAAGGGGUUUUUAGUAACCACUCUAGACCUCUGCGCAAUGCAACACCAAUAGAAAGCUUAAGACCCAUCAAUGUCAUAGCAUAUAGUAACAUGGUCCCAGGUGACCUUGAUGAUGAAUCAAACCAUAGAGAACUUUUAGAUUUGGAGACUACAUCAAAAAACAAGCAGUUUGUUAAUAUGAUGAAUGAGAAUUAUUUUGGUGAUAAUAUUUAUGCCGACUAUUUCACUCCAGAUAGGGUUGAAUCAUUUGACGCUGAGAAGGAAUCUAGUAUAAAGGAGGGCCAAAAAGAAAGCAUGGACCUUUGGGGUGAGCCAUCACAGAAAGAGUCCGAGUUUGUACUUCCGAAUUUUAUUCAUGAGAGCUACAAAAUAGCUGACAGUAAUGGGCCAGAUCACCCUGGUAUUCCUAAUGAGGGCCAUGAGUUAAAUGUUGCAGCAGACAAGUGUGAGCAAGAUAGUAAAGUGGAUAUGUUAUGUGAGAGUAGAAGUGAAGAAGAGACACCAUUAAACAUCUGUGCUGACGAACGAAUGCCACCUAGAGGAGAGCUGAGUGGCCAGGAAAGUAAUGGAGAUAUGGAGUCGACAUGGAGUGGGACAUACAAUGAGGUUACGCCUUCGGAGCCCUACGAUUUAAUCGCUCGAGAAAGCUGGGUGUCUGACGGUUCGGAGGUUGAUGCCAACGAGAAAAGGGAUACCAUUGAGGAGGAUGUGCCCUUUCCGAAGACCAGGCUUUACACUUGUACACAAUGUGGCACCAAGUUCCCCUCGCUGAAGGAAUUACGCACCCAUAAGGCCCUCUCGCACUCCCUGCCCACGUGUUCCAAUGUGAAGACUACCUACAGCCGCCUGGUAAAUGCGCGGAGCAUAAAGAAGGAGGAUAAAGCUGAAGAUGGUGGUUUAGAGAGCAAUCUUUUAGCAUUAUCUGGUUCAAAAGAGUCUAUGACAUCAAGUAUGUUGCAAGUGUAUGACGCGAUUGCCGAUGCUAAACCAGCUUUAAAGGGCCUUAUAAAUCAAGAGGUUAAGCGCCGAAGAAAGGACUUUGUUUGCCCCACAUGCAAGGAAGACCAAAUGAGUGAUGUAGCUUUUCAAGCCCAUCUAAAAAUACAUCCGUUGGAGUGUCUCACCUGUGGGAAAUGUUUCUACAAGAGAGCCAAUCUGUCACUGCACAUUAAAACGCACUUAGGAAUCAAGAAUUUUAAGUGCGACAUCUGCGAGAAGCGGUUCGCGACGCGGCAGAAGAUGACCGAGCACCGCAACGUGCACACCGGCCGGAUGCCCAUCAAGUGUACCGUCUGCGACGACACCUUCCGCCGCUACUCCAACAUGGUGCAGCACAGGGACCGCCACCACUUCCAGAAGCGUGCGAAGGUCCGUGACUUCGUGUGCCACUGCGGGGCGGUGUACCACUCGAAGGCGAAGCUCCUCUGGCACAAGGAGACCCACGAGGAGAAGCCCAAGUCGUGCCACUACUGCAGCGACAAGUUCGUGCACGCCUCCUCGCUCACCAGGCACGUGCGGCGCACCCACAACGAGUACUACCUCUCCGACAAACUCAAGGGGAAAGUGGAGAACGUGCCGUGCCCCAUAUGCAAACAGAUGUACCUGCGCACGAAUCUGCGCGCGCACAUGCUGACGCACAGCGGCAAAAGGCCGUACCCGUGCAUCGUCUGCAACAAGUCGUUCACCACCAAGUGGAACCUGAAGCUGCACCGGUGGACGCAUAUGAACCGCUCCGCGAAGCCCUUCAAGUGCCACCUCUGCAAGGGCGCCUUCAUACGGCACGCGGAGUACGUGUCGCACAUGAACUCGCACAAGUCCCUCAGGCCGUACACGUGCAACUACUGCGGCUGCCAGUUCAUCAGGAAGUACAACUGCCAGCGGCACGUCAGGGAGCACGAGAUGGCCAAGAAGUAUGUCUGCAAAGUGCCCGAGUGCGGCAAGUCCUUCCACAGGAGCUACUACCUGUCGGAGCAUAUGAAAGUGCACAGUGGAGUGAGGCCCUUCGCCUGCAAUAUAUGCGGCAAAACGUCGAGCAAUAAAUCGAACCACAACAAACACGUGAAGAUCCACCACGCGAGGGAACCGGUUGCCACGGAGGCA